AUGGCGGUAACCUUUGUGCUGCCACUCUGCUUGGGUUUGUUGGCUGGGCUAUUUGGGGGCUCCCAUUCCGAUGGGGUGUGUCUUCAGGACGGCAAACACAAAGCUGACCCGAGCCCAGAGCCUCACCUGCAGGAGUGCUCUCUCUAUGCAGACAACAGCUGUUGUAAAGAGGAGCACAUACAGGACGUAUCCCAUGUCCCAUCUCCCAGCAAUAAGAACGAGCCGUGGGACAAGUGUGGACCCCUGAGCCCCGAGUGUGAGGGCUUCCUGAAGCGCGUGUCUUGUUUCUACCGCUGCUCCCCGGACGCGGCGCGCUGGCCUCACCCACAACGAACCUCCUACAUCCAGGCGGUGCCUCUGUGCCACAGCUUCUGCCGGGAAUGGUUUGACGCCUGCAGAAUGGACAUGACCUGUGCCCGCAACUGGGCCAAAGACCCUCGAGGGCAGAACUGCUCUGGAUCCUGCAUUUCAUACCAACAGAUGUACCAGCACGGGCGAGACCUGUGCGAGAGCCUCUGGGGCGAUGCGUUCAUGGUGGUGGAGGACGAGCCGGAGGAGCUGGCGGACCACACCGGAGCUCCUUGCGGCUGCUUGACCCUCAGUGCCUCCGACAGGGACAAGAUGGCCGCCCUGAGAGCCCAGCAAGACGACCCCGAGGAACUGGACACCACCAAGACCGGCCUGCCCCAGUACCGCGCGCCCUGCCACACCGGCCCUGCGCCCCCCCGCAGCCCCCGCAGGCCAAACUCAGUCCUGCGGAAACGCUCUCUGGCGGUGGACGACGGAGAGGGCAGCGGGAGUGGUCUGUAG